AAUAAUAAUUAAGACCAAAGCUCUCGGUAGCACACUUAUUCCGGAUUAGUUAAAAGCUCUCCGAAACCGUCGUGUACUGUACCGAUCCUCUUUUUCUUCAACCAUGUCACAAUCACCAGACGAACACAGAAGUGAUAAUGACGCUGAUGCUCGUAGUCCUUCUGGCGUUGUGAAGCUAUACAUAGAGAACGACUCAUUCGUCUUUACUCAAAACUCCAAAGCACUACGACUAACUUUCAUAGACUGCGAAUUCAAAAGCCUAGAUUAUUACGAACCACCUCGAGACGCAAGACCGUUUGAAAUUUACGGUAUACUUGGUAUCGUCAAUGGUGCAAGAGAUAAGUUCUUGGUUAUCAUCUCAUCUGUUCAUUUACGUGGGCACAUCAGUGGUUCUCCAAUAUAUGCCAUCGACAAGGUUAUUUGCCUCGAUCUGGAUCACCAUCGUUCGUAUCGUAGACUGGCAAAUAGAGCGAAAGGCGCCAAAGCAGACUCAGAUAUCGAUAUCGAUGUCACUGAUACAGAAAGCGACGAUGUUUCCUCAAAUAAUGACAUACCUGAAGUUGAAGUUGACACGUCUGCUACUGCAUCGGUUGAGCGACCACCAGUCUCGUCCAAAAAUUUAGGCAAAGGACUAGUUCCAGUUGGCCGGCCAUCUUUGCAAGGUGCUCGAACACAUUCAUUUCUCAACAAAAUGAAACAAACCUUUUCAACUAGAUCCAAAGUGGGUUCAGAUACUGAGGCAGACGAGUCAAGAUACGAUGGCGCCGUCGAUACACCAGCAGUGGAAAAAUCAGAACCCGAUUUUCAGGAUUAUGAAGAUGACGUACGAUUAGACAAGCGUAUGGUGAAGGAAGUUCAAGCUUUAUUUUCUGGCCAAACAUUCUUUUUUUCACCUAGUUUUGACAUCACCAACACGUUCGAACGCAAAUACAGCCGUGGACCAAUCGACAGUAUUCCUCUUUACAAGCUGGUAGACCGACGAUUUUGGUGGAAUGAACACUUGUCACAGCCUCUUUUGACCAAGAACCUUGAUGAUUGGAUCGUACCCAUAAUGCAAGGCGCUGUUCAGAUAGAAGGAUGUGAGAUGGAAGGGUUCGAUUUCACCUUCAUUCUGAUAUCCCGUAGAAGCCGUGAGAGAGCUGGAAUGCGAUACCAACGCCGAGGUAUCAACGAAGCUGGCGAUGUCGCUAACUUCGUGGAAACGGAAGAAAUUGUUUUGUUUGAAAGGGACGACGAAACGCACACGGCUUCAUUUGUUCAAACUCGUGGAUCCAUACCACUGUAUUGGAGCCAGUCCCCGUAUAGUCUACACCCAAUUCCUGUCCUAGAUCGACCCGAAGCAGAAAACGAAAAGGCCAUCGAACUUCAUUUUGACAAACAAAAACGCGUUUAUGGGCGCCAAAUCAUUGUCAAUUUGGCUGAGUUAGCUGGCCGGGAAUCGAUUGUUGGUGCGGAAUACAGACGACUUGUUGAGAAGAUGGCGGACCCAAACAUAAAAUAUGUGGAGUUUGAUUUUCAUCGUGAAACAAAAGGCAUGAAGUUUGAAAAUAUCGCCAAACUGAACUCACAGCUCACUGAAGAUUUUUCAAAAAUGGGCUAUUUCUGGCAAACAAACAACAGUACUGUAUUGAGCAAGCAAAAUGGGGUUUUCCGAACGAACUGCAUGGACUGUUUGGAUCGCACUAAUGUUGUCCAAAGUGCAUUUGCCAGAAGCAUUAUGAAUACCAUUCUGAUGAGAUUUGGUAUUAGCGAAUACCCCGAUCAAGGCUUCCGAUUUUACCCCAAGUUCGAAACUGUAUUUAACAAUGUUUGGGCCAAUAAUGGAGAUAGCAUAUCUAGAGAGUAUGCUGGUACAAGUGCCCUAAAAGGCGACUUCACUCGCACAGGAAAACGGAAUGUUACUGGCAUGAUGAAUGACGCAUCCAAUUCCCUGACGCGCAUGUAUCAUAAUACCAUUAGAGAUUUUUGGAGACAGGCUACGGUGGACUACGUGCUAGGUUACCACAAAGUUGAAAUUUUCAGACAUGUGACAGCAAGCACGCUGAUGUCGGCUGAACCUGGUAACGAUAAACGAUGGGUGCAAGUUAGAGCGAAUGCAGUACAAGUCAGUUCGGCUAUUGUCAUCCCUGAUGGAGAACAUAUGAUGGACGGCUGGACGUUACUCUCGCCUUCAGAACCCAACAAAUUGAACACCAAGUCGUUCGAAGAAAAGGUGGUACUGUUGACAGAGAAAGCUGUUUACAUCUGCAGCUUUAACUAUCAUCUAGAGAAGGUGGUGCAAUUCAGAAGAAUUGCUUUAUCUUUGAUAACAGGAAUUCGGCAAGGAGAGUACAUUUUGAGUACACUCAAUGCAUCAUCCAGAGAUGUUGAACAGAACUAUGGCUUUAUACUAGACUAUGAACAAGGCGGUGAAAGUCUUCGCAUGAAUGUCGGCGCCAUCCGCAAUGAAAGCCUGAAGGAUAUUAGUAUCGAACAUGAAGACGAAGAGCAAAAUCAGUCAUCUGAUGAUGAAGCCGAUGACAAGGCGUUUAUAGCUUUCAAGGCUGUGCGAUACAAUGUAUUUGGAGAACUAUCACCGGACGAAGUACUGACCGGUCGCGAACAAGUAGUUAGGAUUGUAGACAAAAUCCACCAAGCCGCGAGAAGUCAGGCUCCAACAGCAGUCAAGGAGCCGUUUGUGACGCAAGCUCCUAUUAUCAGCUUGACGGACGCCCUCAAAGCCGAAAAUAUCAUUACAAAAGUUGGCCAGAGGAUCAAGAAAGCUAUUUGGCUGUAAAUCGGAUUUUCUAAUUUUUUUGAAACCUGAAACAUAAAAAAAAAUAUAUUCAUAUUAGUCUUGCAAAAAUUUCUUUUUUUUUUUUUUUUUU